AUGGGUCUCCGGGUUGUGCAGCUAGGUCUUAGAGCCUGGGAGUUCGUAUGGACCCUGCUCAUUAUGGCCCUCGUCGGCAACAUGAUCGCCGAAGCCUUCUCCGGGAACCCUGCGACUGUGAACUACGCCAUCUACGUAGCAGUGUUCUCAAUGUUCACGCUGAUCUACCUGAUCCCAGCCUCGUUCAACAUCAACUGGGCCGGCCACCCGAUCAUCAUGAUCAUCAUCGAUGCGCUGAACUGCGUUUUCUUCUUCUGUGCUGCUAUCGCACUCGCCGCGAAGCUAGAGUGCCACUCUUGCAACAACGAGGACUACCUCAGGAGCAAUGAGAUCACCAAUGGCUCAGACAAUAUGACCAAGCGCUGCCGUGAGGCCCAGGCUUCUGUUGCUUUCCUCUGGUUCGCCUGGGCGGGUUACUUGGCCUCCGUUGUCGUCUCUGUCUUCCUGUCCCGUUCUGCGGCUGGUCCCUCGCGUACCAGCCGUACUGGCAGCCGUCGCGGAGGCCGCCCCAACAUGACCCAGGUUUAA